GCUCUUUUAGGGCCGCUGUCCGAGCCCCUCUGAGCAGUGGCGGACUGUGUGGGGAGCGGGGCUGCGAAACUCAACGAGAGGCGCCGUCCGGAGCAGGUCAUAAUGGUUUCCAUCCCUGAAUACUACGAAGGAAAGAAUGUCCUCCUGACAGGAGUUACAGGCUUCUUGGGAAAAGUACUUCUGGAAAAACUGCUCAGGUCUUGUCCUAAAGUGAAAGCAGUGUAUGUAUUGGUAAGAAACAAAGCAGGGCAGAUGCCUGAAAAAAGAAUAGAGGAAAUUACCAGCUGUAAGCUCUUCGACAGGUUGAGGGAAGAGCAGCCAGACUUCAAAGCAAAAAUAAUAGUAGUUUUGAGUGACCUUACACGGCCUGAACUCGACCUUGCUGAACCAAUCAAGGAAGAACUUAUAGACUGUGUUAAUAUCAUAUUUCAUUGUGCUGCCACAGUCAGAUUCAAUGAAACACUAAGAGAUGCUGUUCAGUUAAAUGUGACUGCCACACAACAGCUCCUCUUCCUGGCACUGCGAAUGAAGAACCUAGAAGUGUUCAUGCACGUAUCGACUGCCUUUGCAUACUGCAAUCGAAAGCAGAUUGGGGAAGUAGUUUAUCCACCUCCUGUUGAUCCCAGGAAACUGAUGGAUUCUCUUGAGUGGAUGGAUGAUAGCCUUGUGAAUGACAUUACUCCUAAGCUGCUGGGUGACAGACCUAAUACUUACAUAUAUACAAAAGCCUUAGCUGAAUAUAUAGUACAACAAGAAAGUGCAAAAUUAAACAUAGCCAUUAUAAGGCCAUCUAUUGUUGGUGCUAGCUGGAAGGAACCUUUUCCUGGAUGGAUUGAUAACUUCAAUGGACCUAGCGGUCUUUUUAUUGCUGCAGGAAAAGGAAUUCUUCGAACAAUGAGAGCUUCCAACAGUGCAGUAGCAGAUCUUAUUCCAGUAGACGUUGUUGUCAAUGCGACACUGGCUGCAGCCUGGUAUUCUGGAGUUAAUAGACCAAGAAAUGUCAUGGUAUACAACUGUACAACAGGUGGCACCAAUCCUUUCCACUGGAGUGAAGUUGAAUACCAUGUAAUUUCUACUUUCAAGAGGAAUCCUCUCGAACAGGCCUUCAGACGGCCCAAUGUAAAUCUAACUUCCAAUCACCUUUUAUAUCAUUACUGGAUUGCUGUAAGCCAUAAGGCCCCAGCAUUCCUGUAUGAUAUCUACCUCAGGAUUACUGGAAGAAGCCCAAGGAUGAUGAAAACAAUAACACGUCUUCAUAAGGCCAUGAUGUUGUUAGAAUACUUUACAAGCAAUUCUUGGAUCUGGAAUACUGAAAAUAUGACUAUGCUAAUGAACCAACUAAACCCCGAAGAUAAAAAGCACUUUAACUUCGAUGUUCGACAACUGCACUGGGCAGAAUACAUGGAAAAUUACUGUAUGGGAACGAAGAUAUAUGUGCUAAAUGAAGAAAUGUCUGGUCUUCCUGCGGCUCGGAAACACUUGAAUAAGUUAAGGAAUAUACGCUAUGGCUUCAAUACAAUUCUUGUGAUCCUGAUCUGGCGUGUCUUCAUUGCAAGAUCACAAAUGGCAAGAAAUAUCUGGUACUUUGUGGUUAGUCUGUGUUACAAGUUCCUCUCCUACUUCAGAGCCUCCAGUACUAUGAGAUAUUGAAGAAGAGAAUUUAGCAUUAGGACAUCUAUGCAUAUGGUGGUCUAACUGCACAAAGCCUGUAACAUGUAGUCAUCUCACAUUUUGUAAAAGCGUAAUUUCAUCCUCAAUUGGAGUGCAAAUUCUAUGGUAUGGUAUGUGUAAUGUUAGUUGUGUAUCUUCCUGGAAACAGAGAAAAUAAAAUGGCCAAGUGCCAGGUUGAAUUGGCAUUAGACAAGCUUUUAAAUCACUUUAACUCUUUGACCUGGGGAAAAUAUUUUAGACCACUGACCAGCGUAACUGUGCAAUUUGGAACGUGUUUGAUUGAAAUCUGCCUUAACAUGAGGUGUGUGGUGUUUCUUUUUUUUUCCCCCUCCACAUUGAGCAAGAGAAAUAUUGACUUAGUAGUUGCUGCAGACAUAUCGAUUUGAAAUUCUACGUUACAAAGGGUUUUACAAGUUGCAAAAGUGUAUGAACGAUGGUGGAUCUCCUAAAAAUUUUUUGAGGACUUCUGUAAUUUGUCUUUACUUUUUGCCACUUCUUCCUUUCUCGAAGUAGAGAUGCAACAGUGGUGCCUACUUUGACAUACAAGUGGAAAAAA